UUUCCCUCCUCAGCACAGAUGAGAGACUCCGCAAUAUAAAACCUGCAGGGGCUUGGACAGAAGGCACCGCUCCAAAUCACAUAUUUUCACCUCACAGCAAGUGGGAAGAAAGGGAAAUCAGAUACAUGUGAUCAAAUCACCGGCGGGACGGGGAUAGAGAUUAAAGGUUAUAAGGAUCGCGUUGAAAUGAACGAAGGAAGGACUCUCCAUUGCUUCCAUCGCUAGAGCCCAUUCUAGAACGGCGUGUGUGCGUGCAGUAAAGAAUAUUGGAUGCUGAGCUGAGUCGCGCGCGGCGGUGACACUGAUUAUAUCAACAAAACGAGGAACGCAGAAUAAUUGCACUGUUUUAGAAGGCUGCAUCGGGAACAAAUUAAAUAAAUAGCAGCCUAUGUGAAAGAUACAAUCAACAACAAUGGAGUUUGAGGCUUGAGCUUGCUGCAUUUGCUAAGGUCUUGCUUCCUCGCUGGCCCUGACUUAUCAACAGUCCCGGGGUUGUUCCUGUUCCCCUGACCACAACUCCCCAUGGCCUGUAUCACAGAGUCCCGCGCCCCGUCCCCCUCUCUUUCCGGGUUCAACACCCCCCUCUCAGAACACACCCCUACCUUCCGGGGCCGGCUGGACGAGACCCCCGCCUGCACCCCUGAGAUGGAUCUGACCCCCACCCAGUGUGUCCUGCGGAACGUACUAUCUAUAGACACCGGGGGUGCCCCGGAACCCGAGGGUGGGGGAGGAGGAGGCCAUAAUGGGGAACACACCUGCGGACACACCUGCGGGGGCCACAGCCCCACGCCUAGCGAGGAGCAGCAGGAGCACUUUGCCAACAGUGUGCUGAAGCUCCAUGAGAACGGGGAGGGAGGGGGUAGGACGGAGGGAGAGGGUCAGGACGCGGAGGGAGGAGCGGUGCGGAGCCAGGCUGAGGAUGUGAGGCUGCUGUCGGGAGGAAGUGGAGGGUUUCUGGAGGGACUGUUUGGGUGUCUGAAGCCGGUCUGGACCAUGAUUGGCAAGGCCUACUCUACCGAACACAAACACAACCUGGAAGAGCUCUGGGAGGUGCCGUUUGAAGACAUCUCUGAGCUGCAGUGGGUAGGGAGCGGGGCCCAGGGGGCAGUCUUCCUGGGGAAACUCCACGGACAGGAAGUAGCUGUGAAGAAGGUCCGAGACAUUAAGGAGACAGACAUCAGACAUCUGAGAAAACUCAAACACCCCAACAUCAUCACCUUCAAGGGUAUCUGCACCCAGGCCCCGUGCUACUGUAUCCUGAUGGAGUACUGUGCCCAGGGCCAGCUGUACGAGGUGCUGAGGACAGGUAGGAAGAUCACCCCCUCCCUGCUCAUCGACUGGGCCAUGGGCAUGGCUGGGGGCAUGAACUACCUCCACCUCCACAAGAUCAUCCACAGAGACCUCAAGUCGCCCAAUAUGUUGAUCACCUACGAUGACGCGGUGAAGAUCUCUGACUUCGGGACGUCUAAGGAGAUGAGUGAUAAGAGCACCAAGAUGUCCUUCGCCGGUACGGUGGCCUGGAUGGCCCCGGAGGUCAUCAGGAACGAACCUGUCUCAGAGAAGGUCGACAUCUGGUCGUUUGGUGUGGUGCUGUGGGAGAUGUUGACCGGAGAGGUGCCAUAUAAAGACGUGGACUCUUCGGCCAUCAUCUGGGGGGUGGGAAACAACAGCCUGAACCUACCUGUCCCAGAGAGCUGCCCAGACGGCUUCAAAAUACUGCUGAGACAGUGCUGGAGCAGUAAGCCCAGGAACAGACCUUCAUUCAGACAGAUCCUACUGCACCUGGAUAUCGCCUCAGCGGACCUGCUGUCUACCCCACAGGAGACCUACUUCAAAUCUCAGGCAGAGUGGCGUGAGGAGGUGAAGCAACACUUUGAGAAGAUCAAGUCAGAGGGGACGUGUAUACACAGACUGGACGAGGAGAUGAUCAUACGACGCAAAGAGGAGCUCAGACACGCCCUGGACAUCCGUGAGCACUACGAGAGGAAGCUGGAGAGAGCCAACAACCUCUACAUGGAGCUCAACGCUGUCAUGCUGCAGCUGGAACUCAAGGAGAAAGAGCUACUCAAGAGGGAGCAGUCACUGGAUAAGAAGUACCCAGGAUGCAUCAAACACCACAGCUCCAGACAAGAACGCUCGUCCAACUCCAUGGAGAAGCUCAUCAAGAAACGCAACGUACCUCAGAAACUUCCCUCGCACAGCAAGAGUAGACCAGACCUAUUGAAGUCAGAGGUGAUCCUUCCCAAGCUGGACUCCUCCAUGACCCAGGUGACCAUCCCCUCCUGCCCCCAGAAGGGCUCCACGUCCCCGGGGAGGUCGCGUCGGGCCAAGCCCCGCUACCGGAAGGCAGGGAAGGGCAGCAGUGGAGACCUGGCUGGGCUGAAGGCUGCGUUAUCGUCCACACUGGGUCUGGCUAAUACUACAUCUCUGACCAACACCACCUCCACACCCAGCAGCAAGCAGCACCUGGACCCCAGCGCAGCUCUGAGAGGUCUCCAGCAUGACCUGCUGCUGAAGAAGAUGUCCUCGUCCAGCCCAGACCUCAUCUCUACCACCAUGGAGGCAGAGGACCGCCGCAGGGGACUGGAGAGACCUGGUCUGGAGAGAGGGGGCAGCCAGAGCGCCUCGGCAGGCCUGGGAGGAGGUGGAGGAGGAGGUGAUGGAGGAGGAAGAGAAGGAGGAGGGACGGAGGAUGGAGGGGUGGGGACAGAUGACCAAACAGAGACCCCACCGCGUAGCAACACCCCCAGCGAGGACGCGGUCUCCAUCCCGUUCUCCAGCAGCCCAGACUCCCCCUGUGGGAGGGGGGCAGCGGCAGGGAGGGGAUCGGUGCUGGGAGGCCCAGGAAGGUUACUUCAGGACGGGGAGGACAAGGAGGAGGGCACAGGGAUCAUCAGGUCACCCAGGAGCCAACACCUCACACCUGCAGCACUGCUCUACCGGAAACAAGUCACACGCAAACAGAGACGUGGUGUGUCCUCCGAGGAGGAGGAGGGAGAGGUGGACAGUGAGGUGGAGUUACCACGGAGACGUCGACCGUUGAGCAUCACCAAGUGCCAGUCCCUGUCCACCUUCAGCUCUGAGAACCUGUCUGCCGUGUCCGUGUCGGACGGAGAGGAGGGCAACACCAGCGACCACUCCCACAGCGGCACGCCGGAUGUGGUCAGUACCAACACGGACGAGCGGCUGGACGACAAGAGCGACGACCUUCUGUCCCAGGGGUCGGAGAUCCCCGCCGACCCCGCCCUCGACCCCGCCGACGGUUUAUCAGAGAAGGAGGCCGCCAUCCGCCAGGUCAAGACCCAGCUCAACACGGGGCAGAACUGUGAGGGCCUGUAUGAUGACUCUGACUGCGACAGUGUAGAGCUGGACCACUCAGGCUACACAGAGCCCCAGCACCAUAGGCCCCCAAGCACCAACUGGUGAGGAGACCAGCCCCACUCCCCAGCCCCACUCCCCAGCCCCAUUCCC